UUCACCGCCGCCGCCGCUCCGGAGCACACUGACCGACUCUGAGGCUCACACACCGGCUCUUCUCCGCUCCAGCCAAGGUGUACCUGAACUGCUGUGGAGCCAAGUGCGUUUUUCUCUUUGUAGAUUCUGAAGUUGACGACUCAAGAGGCGGCAUUUCCUGUUACUCAUAAAGUUUCCUAAUUUGCACGCUCUCUCCAAACUCCUCAAAUACCUCUGAGACUUAAACAGCACCUUGCACUAGUCGUCUGAGCUCUCCUCCUCCCCUGUCAUUAAAAUUAUGGGUCUAAGGCCAGACUCCAGUUUACAAUACCUACUUUUGUUCCCCGUCUACCUGAUUAUUUGGUUGUGGUCAGUCAUCUCCUUCUUGCCCUGGUACUACAUCACCGGCGCCGGGCAGAAGAGGGUCCAGUCCAGCCGGAUCAAAGCCAAAUCGACCACGUCCCGGGCAGAAGGUCCCUAUCGGAGCGUGGAUCAUUUCGAGUCCCUGGCCAAAGAGGACUUCCCAGGUAAAGACACGCUGGACAAGCUUUUUAACCAUGCAGUGGAGAGAUUUGGACCGUCGUACUGUCUCGGAACCAGAGACGUGCUCAGUGAGGAGAACGAAGUGCAGCCCAGCGGAAAAGUAUUUAAAAAGCUGAUCCUUGGAGACUAUAAAUGGCUGACCUAUAAUGAAGUGGACACUGUGAUCUCUGAGUUCGGCAGUGGACUGGCAGCUCUUGGACAAAAACCCAAAAGCAGCAUCGCCAUUUUCUGUGAGACCCGCGCUGAGUGGAUGAUCACCGCCCAGGCGUGCUUCAGGCGUAACUUCCCCCUGGUGACGUUCUACGCCACUCUGGGAGAGGACGCCAUCGCCUUUGGACUGAACGAGACCGGCGUUACUCACCUCGUAACCAGCACAGAACUGCUGGAGACCAAACUCAAAAACGUCCUCCCUCACAUCCCCAAACUGAAGCACGUGAUUUAUGUCGACAAAAAGAGAAUGAGCACAGAGGGAUACCCAGCGGGACUGUCCCUCCACAGUCUGCAGUCUGUGCGAGACCUGGGAGCGCUGCCUGAAAACUGGGAGCGUCCUAUCGUGAAGCCUCAGCCCUCAGACCUGGCUGUGGUGAUGUACACGAGCGGAUCCACGGGACGUCCCAAAGGAGUGAUGAUCGUUCAUAGUAACCUGAUCGCCGGGAUGACGGGCCAGUGCGAGCGCAUCCCUGGACUGGGGCCCAAUGACACGUACAUCGCCUACCUGCCCCUGGCCCACGUCCUGGAGAUGACCGCAGAGAUCUCGUGUGUGACGUACGGGUGUCGGAUCGGCUACUCCUCCCCUCAGACGCUGUCGGACCAGUCGACAAAGAUCAAGAAAGGAAGUAAAGGAGACUGCAGCGUGCUCCGGCCCACGCUGAUGGCCGCUGUCCCUGAAAUAAUGGACCGCAUCAACAAAAACGUCAUGAGCAAAGUCCAGGAGAUGAGCUACCUGCAGAAGACGCUGUUCACGCUGGGGUAUAAAUACAAACUGGAGCAGAUCAAGAGGGGAUACGACGCCCCUCUGUGUAACAUCCUUUUGUUCCGUAAAGUGAAGAAGCUUUUGGGGGGACAGGUGCGGAUGAUGCUAUCUGGAGGCGCCCCUCUGUCUCCGGCCACUCAGAGGUUCAUGAACGUGUGCUUCUGCUGCCCUGUGGGUCAGGGCUACGGCCUGACCGAGACGUGUGGAGCGGGCACCAUCACUGAAGUUGCCGACAUCAGCACCGGCCGCGUCGGGGCUCCUCUGAUCUGCUGUGAGAUCCGGCUGCGGGACUGGGCAGAAGGAGGCCACACUCGAGACGACAAGCCGAACCCCAGAGGAGAGGUCCUCAUCGGGGGUCCCAACGUAACACAGGGGUAUUUCAGACACGAAAACAACGACGACGACUUCUUCACUGACGAGAACGGGCAGAGGUGGUUCUGUACUGGAGACAUUGGAGAGUUUCACCCUGAUGGAUGUCUGCAGAUCGUGGAUCGUAAAAAGGACCUGGUGAAGCUUCAGGCUGGAGAGUACGUUUCUCUGGGGAAAGUGGAGUCUGUGCUAAAGAACUGCACUCUCAUAGACAACAUCUGUGUGUACGCAAACAGUGACCAGAACUACAUCAUCAGCUUCGUGGUGCCAAAUCAGAAGAAGCUGAUGGCGUUGGCGAAGCAGAGGGGCAUCACGGGGGCGUUUGAGGACAUCUGCACGCACCCGGAGAUGGAGAGGGAGGUUCUGAAGGAGAUCACAGAAGUCGCCGUGAAGAUCAAGCUGCAAAGGUUCGAGAUUCCCGUCAAAGUCCAUCUCAGUCCGGAGCCGUGGACCCCGGAAACCGGUUUGGUCACAGACGCGUUCAAGCUGAAGAGGAAAGAGCUGAAGAACCACUAUCUCCACCACAUCGAGCGAAUGUACGGAGGAAAGUGACACAGGGCGGCGUCUCCGUGACAACCAAAACCACUGUAAAAA